GACGCGCCAAACUACUCCCAAACUAAACAAGCCCAGUCCCUUCUCGUCCAAAGUAAACACAACACAGGGUAAUUUCAUUUCAUCCUCCAUCGCGAGAGAGAUCUCAUCAUCUCAGGGACUUUCACAACGCCCCCCACAAACCCAAAUCCCAGCAACAACGCCGCCAUCAGCAUCACCAUUCUUUUGGCCAUUCUCUCUAUCAAGAAUACGAAUAUUCUUCAAAACGCCAUUCAAAAAUCCCUUGCAUUGGCUAGCGUUGAAUCUUUUGCUGUACCUAGCUGUUCAUUUCCAGGUGCAGGUACCUUGAGUUUAGUAGUUCGUAGCUGGCUGGACCCUUUUUCUUCGUCCAACUACGUCCCCCGCCUUGCUCUCUUCUCCCUCCCCCACCAUCGACCGGUAGAGCCUCUCUUCCAAAAGGUCACCGACGAACAAGGAGACCAAGGAAAAGGACGAGGAGAUAAGACAUUUUCUUUGCUGUCGGAGCAACUCGAGUCUGGACUUGUUCCACGCAUCUAUCUAUCAAUCUCAUAACGAUCGCAUAACGAAAGGAGACACAACGGACACUCACACCGAUCCUUGUACCUUGCUUGCCUUACUCUGAUCUACCCCACCGCACCUCGAGCUUGAACCUUCAGCUAGCACCGUCAACGCCGCCGACGCAGUGUCUCUCGCUUAGUUCCUCUAGAAGCGACUCGCGCGUUUCAUCCUUUCUUCAAUCCGACUUUCGAUCUGCCUCUCCUUCUUCGCGAAACUGGUACAGGGACAUAUCACCGACCAUGGAGAACUACCAAAAGCUGGAAAAGAUUGGCGAAGGUACCUACGGUGUUGUCUAUAAAGCUCGAGACCUUGCCAAUGGCGGUCGAAUUGUCGCCCUGAAGAAGAUCCGCCUCGAAGCUGAAGAUGAAGGUGUCCCCAGUACCGCCAUCCGCGAAAUCUCUCUCCUCAAGGAGAUGCGAGAUCCCAACAUUGUUCGUCUGUUCAAUAUCGUCCAUGCCGAUGGUCAUAAGCUGUACCUCGUCUUUGAGUUUCUCGACCUCGAUCUCAAGAAAUACAUGGAGUCUCUCCCCGUGAGCGAUGGCGGUCGAGGCAAGGCCCUGCCCGAGGGUUCAUCCCCUCACUUGCAGCAUCUUGGCCUGGGCGACAUGGUUGUUCGAAAGUUCAUGUUCCAGCUUUGUGACGGUAUCAAGUACUGCCACUCCCACCGUGUUCUCCACCGCGAUCUCAAGCCCCAGAACCUCCUGAUCGACAAGGAGGGUAACCUCAAGCUUGCUGAUUUCGGUCUUGCCCGUGCCUUUGGCGUGCCUCUGCGCACCUACACCCACGAAGUCGUUACCCUGUGGUACCGAGCCCCUGAAAUUCUCCUAGGAGGGCGUCAAUACUCGACUGGUGUCGACAUGUGGUCCGUUGGCUGUAUCUUUGCCGAAAUGUGUACAAGAAAGCCCCUCUUCCCCGGUGACUCUGAAAUCGAUGAGAUCUUCAAGAUCUUCCGCAUCCUCGGCACCCCCACUGAAGAGAACUGGCCUGGCGUCACUUCCUACCCUGACUUCAAGGCAUCCUUCCCCAAGUGGCAGCGCGACUACAGCAAGGACCUUUGCAAGGACCUCGAUGCCCAUGGACUUGAAUUGCUUGAGAUGCUGUUGGUGUACGACCCUGCUGGGCGUAUUUCAGCCAAGGCUGCCUACAAUCACCCCUACUUCGAACCUCUCCUAGCACAAGAGCAAGCAUCCGCCCAGGCAAAUGGCUACUAUCACUAGAUGGGAUAUGGAGCUCCAUACCAGAUGAUGCAGAUGCAGAUGCAGAUGCAGAGGCACUAAAAUUCCACCGCCGAAUGACGAGCGGGACCAACUAUUCUCUCUUUCUGAGAUACUGUUGGCGCUUCUCCUAGGCCAAGGAGAAGUAUGGCAUUGAUAUGGCAACAGCAGCAAUGCACAAGCAACAUCGCGGCAGUGAUUAUCCGCCCACUUGGGCGACAAACAAACAAAACAGACAUUGACUCGCCUGGCCUAGCUUGACCUCGUUUAUUGAUUGGCCACUCACGAGGCUCACCAGUAAUGUUUAUGAUGACCAACAAUAUGCGUGACAAACUUGGUCGUUGUGUUGAAAGCCGUUGGCGGCUUGCCCAAUCACGAGAGACAACGACCGGGAUGAAGUUGACGUGGUAGAACAGAGCAGAACAGAACAGAGCAGGUGAAAAGCAACGGGUAAGCAACAGCCUGACUUUCAGGCGUUUGGAAGGCGAACGGAAAAACAACAUGAUAAAAUAGGUUCUUUUUGAGCAAGGGUGGCACACUUGUCAUUCACAAUGGUUUGGUUUUGGUAUGCGCUUGGUAGACAUAUGGCUCGGCGUGCGGUUUAAUAUCCGGAGAUGCACACCAAGACAGAAUAAUCUAAUUGAUAAACAACAACCAUGGCUGACCGUGUAUGCAUGCCAUUGUGGCCAAUGUUGGG